GUCUUGGAGGUGGCUUCGGUUCAGCGGGGCCCAGGCCUGGAAAUCUGCGAGGGUCCCCUGGAGACGAAGCCUCUGCUAGGCCCUGCUCCCGGCGGCGGAGUCCACCCACCACGCCCAAGAGAACCCAGGCACACGUCGGCACUACUGUGACCAAACCAUGCCGGUAUCUGACCAGGCGUUCGUGACGCUGGCCACCAACGACAUCUACUGCCAGGGUGCGCUGGUUCUGGGACAGUCACUGAGGAACCAGGGUGCGACCAGGAAGCUGGUGGUGCUUAUCACCCCACAGGUGUCCAGCCUGCUCAGGGUUAUCCUCAUGAAGGUGUUUGAUGAGGUAAUUGAGGUGAACCUGAUCGACAGUGCAGACUACAUCCACCUGGCCUUCCUGAAGAGGCCUGAGCUUGGGGUCACCCUCACCAAGCUUCACUGUUGGACCCUCACCCAUUAUAGCAAGUGUGUCUUCCUAGAUGCAGAUACUCUGGUGCUAUCCAAUAUCGAUGAGCUGUUUGAUAGGACAGAGUUUUCUGCAGCCCCCGAUCCCGGAUGGCCGGACUGCUUCAAUAGUGGCGUAUUUGUCUUCCAACCAUCACUGGAGACCCAUGGCCUCUUGCUGCAGCAUGCCACCGACCACGGCAGCUUUGAUGGGGCAGAUCAAGGCUUAUUGAAUAGCUUCUUCAGUAGCUGGUCAACGGCAGAUAUCCACAAGCACUUACCAUUCAUCUAUAACUUGAGCAGUAACAAUGCAUACACCUACAGCCCUGCUUUCAAACGAUUCGGUUCAAGUGUGAAGGUAGUCCACUUUUUGGGGCCCACAAAGCCAUGGAACUACAAAUACAACCCCCAGAUGGGCUCGGUGUUGGAGGAGGGCUCCGGGUUGGCCAACCAGCACCAGACGUCCUUCCUUAACCUCUGGUGGAAAAUCUACCAGCACAGCAUCCUGCCUCUUUACGGAAGCUUCCGGGAUGAGGAAGAACACGCAUCUCCAGGACGCUCUGCUGGCAUUGGGGAGCCAUGUGCAAAACCAGCGGUGGGGUCCAGCCACCCUUGGCCUGCUGAGGGCCCUUCAGAGCAGACCAUGGUCACAGAUGACACCCCACCCUCACCCAAGGGAUGCCAUUCGGAAGAUACAAUAGGGUGGCCUGAACUUGAGACAUCCGCUGGAGUGAGGUGUGACUCAUUGUCACCACCCUUCCCCCAAUGUGCAGACUCCUCAGGGACCCAGACCACCUCGCAGCCCAUGGAUAAAGGAGAAGGUGACCCAUCUGUGGAAAUCUUGGAACCAAGCCAGGAGCCCCCUAUGGAUGUCACCGGGGACUCCAGUCCUCAGGAUGCUUUGGAGGUUGACCUGGCCAUGUCUGUUUAUGAGAUUUCCAUCGAAGAGAAGGUCAAGGAGCUGAGUCCCGAGGAAGAGAGGAGAAAAUGGGAGGAGGGACGCAUCGAUUACAUGGGGAAGGAUGCGUUCGCCCGCAUCCAGGAGAAGUUGGACCGGUUUCUGCAGUAA